AUGAAUGAAAGUGAGCAGGCUAUUGUUCAAAAUUACAACGUGGGAAAACUGAUCUCAGCGUUGCUGAUAAUCAUCAUUGCCCUGGUUGGACUGGCAGGAAACGCGGUGGUGCUGUGGCUCCUGGGCUUCCGCAUGCGGAGGAACGCCUUCUCUGUCUACAUCCUCAACCUGGCAGGAGCCGACUUCCUCUUCCUCUGCUGCCAGAUUUUACGUUCCCUGGACAUACUCAUCAAAUACUUCCAUCCUGUCUCCAUUUCCAUUCGCAGGCUUUCCAUCCCAGUGUUCAUCGUUGCCUACAUCACAGGCCUGAGCUUUCUCAGCACCAUUAGCACCGAGCGCUGCCUGUCUGUUCUGUGGCCCAUCUGGUACCGCUGCCACCAUCCCAGACACAUGUCGGCUGCCAUGUGUGCCCUGCUCUGGGCCCUGUCCCUGCUGCUGAGCAUCCUGGGAAGGACCUACUGUGGCUUCCUGUUUAGCAAUUUAUAUCAGGACCAGUGUCCAGUGUUUAGUUUCAUCACUGCUGGGUGGCUGGUUUUCAUAUUUGUACUUCUCUCAGGGUCCAGCUUGGCCCUGGUGAGCAGACUGCUGUGUGGCUCUCAGCGGGUGCAGCUGACCAGGCUGUAUGUGACCAUCCUGCUCACAGUGCUGGUCUUCCUCCUCUGCGGCAUGCUUUUAGGCAUCCUCGGAUUCCUCAGAUACUGGUUUGACAUUCGUUUAGAUGAGUCCUCCUUUCAUAUUUACCAGGUUUCACAUGUCUUGUCCUGUGUCAACAGCUGUGCCAACCCUUUUAUUUAUUUCUUCGUUGGCUCUGUCAGGCAGCAAUGGAGGAAGCAAAGGCAGACCCUGAAGCUGGUUCUCCAGAGAGCUCUGCAGGACCUUUCUCAGGGGGAUGAACAUGGAGGAAGCCUUCCUCAGGAAGCCCUGGAGAUGCCCGAAGCAGUCUGGCGUCCUGAUUCAGAGUCUUGCUUUAUUCAGACACAUGGGGUUUAG